CAUAUUUUUAUCUUCUCAAAGGAUUCAACGCAAUUGGAUAUAAAGAACCGUAAGCAAAUGACACCAUUACUUGAAGCUGUCUCCGGGGGUCAUAUUGGGAUGAUUCGCCAGCUGAUAGCAAGAGGAGCAGACGUAAAUGCUGUUGAUGGUAGUGGCAGUAACUGUCUGCACCUUGCUGUGGAGAAAGAGGUGUUUCAUUCCGAGGGUGAAACCCUAAGUAUUUUAGACGAGUGUUGCAUUGAACUCAAACUGAACAAGGAAAACAGGCUCUCUGGUGUAAUAGUCGCUAGUUAUCUAGCUCACCAGGGAGCCAGCUUUUAUCAUAUGAACAACAAGAACGAAACCCCAUUGGACCUCAUCAAGAAUCGAAAUUUGAAAGAAAACUUACGAACGUUUUUACUAUCCCGGUUACCGUGUCUGUUUUGUGAAGAUAAAGAGGCCACCAUAACCUUCCAUCCAUGUGGACAUUGUGUGUUGUGUUUGGAAUGCUGUCCAAAACGUCUACCUAGGCGAUGCCUCAAAUGCCGGCAACCUGUAUCUGGCAGAAGUGGAUUUGAGGGUCCAAAGUUGUCUGACAAGGAAGUCCAAACGGCGGCAGAGCCAGGUGAGAUUCCAAAGUCUGGAGAGAAAGUCCCAAAGACAUCACAGAAUGUUGAGAGUUCAAAAGUGGAGGAACAAGAUCUCCUGAGAGUGGCUAAGAAUUUAGGAACUAACUGGUGGCAAGUGGGUAUUUUGUUAGAAAUUAAGUACAACCAACUGGACAUUAUCAGGAAUAACAAUGUUAAGGACACCGAAGAGCAGGGCUUUCAAAUGCUUCACAAAUGGUUUACAAGUUGUGAUCCAGAGAAACGUACAUUUGGAAUACUAAGGGACGCUCUUAGAGAAGCUGACUGUUUUGCUGCACUCCAUUGUCUACCGUGAAACACAAUGUGAAUUUCUGCGUAAAUGUUUUUUCAGUCCAAGGCCAACCAAGACCAAACAAUGAUCCGUGGUUGAAUGCCUUCCAUCUAAAACCAUUCAUUUUUUUAAUCCCGAGUAUAGAGAAUGCAUAGCCACAUCGCACAAUGUGUCCUUUAAGGCAGUAAGGUGUGGAGUGAAGAUUUAACUACUAAUUCUAGCAGAUCUAUCUACCACAUAGAGACCCCUUUUACUGGUUUGGUUUGGCUCCCUUGUUAGAGAUUAACUUUUUAAAUAAAGAUAAACUUUGAAAUUCUC